CCGCGCCUCUCCUCCAACGAGAAGCUCAUGCUGGCCUCCAUGUUCCACUCCCUCUUCGCCAUCGGGUCGCAGCUGUCGCCUGAGCCGGGCAGCUCCGGCAUCGAAAUGCUGGAGACGGACACGUUCAAGCUGCACUGCUUCCAGACCCUCACAGGGAUCAAGUUUGUGGUGCUGGCGGACCCCCGGCAGGCCGGGAUCGACUCCCUGCUGCGCAAGAUCUAUGAGAUUUAUUCAGACUUUGCUCUGAAAAACCCGUUCUACUCACUGGAGAUGCCGAUCAGGUGCGAACUGUUUGAUCAGAACUUGAAACUUGCCUUGGAGGUAGCAGAAAAAGCUGGACCAUUUGGACCUGGACCAUAGGAUAUUUCCUUUGUCAGUCACCUGCAGGACCCUCCUUCACUGAAUCAGCAUGGGUUUACCUUCACCAGAAAACCUGUCCUGGUUCUUGCAUCUGGCUGCAACAGCAAGGAAGCAGCUCUAGAGGGUUCAAGCAGUGCUGUGUCAUGGUCAGGGAUGCUGCUUUAUUCCGUGUGUAUGGGUUUAACCUGGCUUUAAAGCAAGGUCUGUUGUUAUCAGAUGCAUGUAUUCUGUGAUCACAGUCCUGACAUCACUGUAGGGAUAAUGGAAGGUGACACACAGCUUGGCAACAAUACGCCAGCUGAAUGCUUCCCAUUACCCCCAAUGUGUACAUAUGGUCUUUCUGUACAGCUUUAAUUAUUUAAUAAUAAACUUUCCCUA